GUGCUCGAGGACGGCAUGGACGAGCAGGGGCUCAUCUGCUCGCCCAAGACGGUGCUCGCGGCGCCCAGCAGCAAGCUGGCGGCCAACCUGUCGGGCAGUCUCGAGGCAAUUGGCGCCCCGCACUCGGCAGCCGACAAGGCGGUCGACCUCCGAAUCAACGCGGCUUCGGGGCGUCGCAGAGCACGGACCAAGGCGCCGGCUCGCAUCGACGCUGAAGCCCGACGAUGGAGACGCCCCACGAAGCUUCGAUGCGCUACGGCAAGACCAACUGAGUGUCAAAGGCCGUGGGCCACGGGCGCACUGCCGCAGUCGGCCUACGGCCACCAAGUGAACGGCGCGACCCCUGGUCUGGCGCGAAAGCAACGGCGCCGGGCCGGCCACGCCGCGUGCGGCGCGGCCUGCGGGCGCAGCCUCGCCGCCGCGCUGGCAGCCACGGUGGGGCACUGCGAUCCCUUCAUCGCACUGCGCCUGCAGCUGGUGGCGUCGCGGCGCAGCUUGCGGUUCUCUGACGCGUCGCUGCGCGGCCGCAUCAGGCGGGUCCGUGAGCCCAUGGGCGCGCUGCAGGCCGCGCUGCUGGACGUGGGCUGGGGCCCGCGCACGGCCCCAGUCUGGGCCCACCCGACGGCCGAAGGCGAGGGCGAGUUGGAGCUGGCUGGCGCCGACGACGACAGCUUCCACGCGCGCGCCGACUUCGACGGGGUGCUCCAGCUCGAGACGCUGGAGCGCGGUGCUCGCCACGCCGAGAAAGGCCUCACCCUCGCGGUUGUCUCGGGCGGCAAGCGCGCGAGAUCCCGCCGCGCCGCUGCUGGCCAUGCGCUGGACUUCGAAGGCUGCGCGCGGCGCAGCUGCGCGAGCGAGGCCCCAGCGCCCGGGACCCGGCAGUGUCCUGCGAACGUGGGCGAGGAGCUCGACUCCACUGCUGCCCCGGCGCCGCGGGCACUCGCCCGUCAUGGGCCCUCGCCUGCCACGUGGCCGCGCGGGGCGCCGGCCUCCUGCAUGACCGCCCCUGUCUUCUGCGACCAGCGGGCGGAAGAGGCCACGGCGUCCUUCGGCGCGGACGACAACCUGGAGGCAGCGAGGCGCGACGACAGCUUCGCGGCGGUCUACGGCGAUGACUCUGGCGGGAAGCACUCCGAUGACCCGAGGUUAUAA